CUAUCGUCGUCGCAGUUGAUAACGCGAUCGCGAAUCUUCAUUCGGACGCACGACCAGGGGCGACGAAUAUAAAUAUAUGUAUUUUGAAUACACGUCGGGUUGACCGCGCCUUAUUAUUGCCAGCGCGUGCUUUAAUGGGUGCUCUUCGGGUUCCAAAUGAGGGGCGUCUGAAGCACAAAUAUUACGAUGACGAGUACGUGUCUCAAGGCGAACUCGAUAUUCGGGGUAAAUCGUCAACGACGUCUCUACACGACUUGAUUGAGAGUGGCUUAUUCAAAACCUUCCCUCCGUUCAUUUUGCACGAUAAACUGCAGGAAACCGUACCGUCCCACGUCAGAGUUCGGAAUUUGUACAAAGACUUUCAGAAGGGAGAUUGGGUGUAUGAAUACCCGGUUCAACAUAUCCAUUGGGCCAAAAAUAUGGCCUACAGUAUUUUCAGCUAUCAAUGGGCGCAGGAGGCUGCCCUUCAGGCAUUUCUAUCCUUGAUGCCGCAAUAUAAUCAAGAAAACACAGAAAUCUUCUCGGACUCUCACCUUUGGAAAUUCGGCCGGUGCAUGGUACGUCAAAUAUCGCCGGCCCCACCCACUGAAACAGACCAAAAAGUACAAAGUUCCUGUGUAUGCCCUUCGGGUGACUGGAUUGUGGCAACAUACAAAACAUUUCUUCUCCUUAUCAAAGCAUACCCAGCUCCGUUAGGUGGCAAUGCGAAGACUUUUCGACUAUCACUCCAUCCAUCACAUAUCGACAUGAUUAAAGACUUUAACAAGGGGGCUUGUAUUGAGCUCAGUAAUGCGCGAUUUACCAUUGCUGAAAAUGACCUUUUCGUCAUCGCUCGAAGUGGUCGAUGCAUUGUUAUGUGGGAGGUUCAAAGCGUAGUUGAGGAUGGGACCGAUUUCUGCUUCAUCACUCACUGCUUAGAUGAAGACACCGCUCAUAAGGAGUUUGAAGCGCUGUGCUCAUAGUUUCUCCCGCGGGUAUUCGGCUUUCUAGCUUUGUGCAUUGCACACGGUGUCGACAUAUCUAGUAUAUUGAGGUGAUGACAUGCACUUGCUCAUGUACUGUCUUGAAACCCAAUCAUAUAUGGUGACCUGAAUCCUCAUCUAUCACAUUUGAUUGCUUAAGCACUAGCAAAGAGACUUUAAAGUUUCACGAUCUACCACUGACGAAGAAAUUAUGAUUACUACUAUCGGCUCGUGGGCGUAAGCCGAUAGCCGACCCCAACUAGGCUCUCGGAUACUAUAAUAGGCC